UUGGCGUAAUAACAGUCGUGCGUAAAAGCGACCGCUCGUGCACAUCGUGUUCCUAUUUGCUCCAACAUGGCUCACUCAGGCACGGGUCGUGGUUCUGGCACCACCUGGAGGUCCCAGCUAGGUUUAUUUUCACUACUUUACAUAAUUAUUAGUUUGUGGUGUAAAAUCAGGCUGUAUGGAAGAGGUUUGGUUUGGACGCUUUUUCAGAAGAUUCGUGUAUGUGGGCAUUAUUUGGACAAAAUGAUGUCCACUUAGUUAAAAAUCAAUGUCAUCUCUAGUUUGCCGUGAUGUUGGGUGCUUUAUUUUUUUAAAUAAAUCUCACAGGAUCAAGUAUUGUUACAAGUAAAAGUGAAGUCAUCGCCUUUCUUAUGUAAUUUGAGAUUUGUCGAUGACGAAGAGGAAGCGAUGGAAGAUAAAACUUGAGUUAUCCUUUUCAAUGUAUCUGCACGAAAACUUCACGGCAUUAAUGAAAAAACUGACACUUUCGGGGUUCUCAGGACACUUUACGGCUCUGGGAAGCUGAUCCAGAUCCAGAGAGGCGGGUCUCCUGCGGCUGUGCGCAGCGGUGCUAAAGAGUCAAGUCAGCUGAACUAGAGGCGACUCAGCCUUCAACAUAAAAACAGAAAAUUAAGAUUAUUUUUCAAAAGGGGAAACAAAUCAGGUAUCCAGAAAUAUGAACCAAACUUAGACUAGACCUCAAAAUAGACCUCACACUAGACCUAAACUGAAAAUGAUAUCGCUCAUCAGAAGAUAUUUCGUAAACUAUUAGAAAUAACAUUUGAGUUAAACCUGCUUUAUAAAACAAUCUGGAUGAAUUAACCUACGUUAAUUUUGCAAAAAACGAAAAAAGACCCCCUGAUUCUGCAUUUUGUGACACCAACAUAACCUCUGCAAGCUGUUAAAUCUUUAUUGUGGUCUUUUCUCGUAACGGAAGUAGAGUUUUGUCUUAUUAUAUCUGCCUUGACAGAGGCGCUUCCCACUCCCAGCUCCAACAUUCCUGCCCUGUGGUAAAACUGCACAGCAGUCUGGAGAUUGUCCACGUUUACAGCAUUCAGACACUGCUGCCCUGCGCCACAUCUGCAGCCUCCUUCCUGCGUAAAGCGCGCACACGGCCGCACGACUAAUUUUUUUUUUUUUUUUUUUUUUUUUUACUUUUAUUGCUAUUAUUGUUGUGUUUUGUUUUAUAUCCCUUUAAGUUAUUUGACGUAAGCCUGUAACAAAAUGUUUGCCUGCUGCACUGUCUUUUUCCUCCUCACUACGUGGUCUUCCGUGGAGUCCAAUCCUAGUCCCGUGUUAGAUGUAGUCGUGGACAGAUACUUCAUCCCCAAAGUCUGUGUCAGAGAAGUAAAAGAGGGGGAUAAUGUUCGCUAUCAUUAUAACGCCACAUUUGUCGACGGGAAAACAUUUGAUUCAAGCCACCAGAGAGGAGCACCUACGGUCGGCCUGAUAGGGGAGGGCCGGCUCAUCGCUGGAGUUGAAAAAGGUCUGCAUGGCAUGUGUGUCAAUGAGCGCAGAAGUAUCACCGUCCCUUCUCACCUGGCCUACGGAAGCACCGGUGCAGGCGAUGUGGUUCCUCCAGACACCACCCUGGUGUUUGACAUCCAUCUAUUGGAUCUGUGGAACAAGGCUGACAUGGUCGUCACCAAAACCAUCACCACGCCCAAAGACUGCAAACGCUCUGUGAUGCGCACUGACUUUGUGCGUUACCAUUUCAACGGCACGCUCCUUGAUGGCACCGCCUUUGACUCCAGCUACGCCAGGAAGCAGACCCACGACUCCUUGGUGGGCGAGGGUUGGCUGAUCAAGGGCAUGGAUGAGGGCCUGCUGGGUAUGUGUGUGGGAGAGAUCAGAAAUAUCCUAAUCCCACCUUUCAAAGCCUACGGAGAAAAAGGAUCUGGUACAGAAAUUCCCCCCCAGGCGACUCUGGUGUUUGAUGUCCUGUUGGUGGACAUUCACAACCCGAAGGAUAACGUCACAGUUGAGCACCAGGUGGUGCCCGAGUCAUGCACACGCAAGACUGUGGUUGGGGAUUACGUUCGCUACCACUACAACGGUUCCUUCCUGAACGGAAACACCUUCGACACCAGCUACCAGAGGAACAGCACAUACAACACCUACAUUGGGAUGGGGUAUGUGAUUGCAGGUAUGGACCAGGCCCUGCUGGGAGUCUGCAUUGGGGAGAGGAGGAGAGUCAUCAUCCCUCCACACAUGGCGUAUGGAGAGCGAGGGGCAGGUAACGUCAUCCCCCCUUCAGCCGUGCUCGUCUUUGACAUCCACGUCAUCGACUUCCACAACCCCAACGACACCGUGGACAUCCAGAUCAUCCACAAACCCGAGGUGUGUAACGAGACCACCGCAGUGAACGACCUCGUCCAUUAUCACUACAACUGCUCCCUGCUGGACGGCACGCGCCUCUUCUCCUCACAUGACUAUGAGAGCCAGCAGGAUGCAGUGCUGGGGUCGGACAAAGUGAUUGAUGGGCUGGACGAAGGCUUGCAGGGCAUGUGUGUGGGAGAGAAGAGGGUGAUAACGGUGCCGCCUCACCUGGGCCACGGAGAAAGAGGAGCCUCUGGCGUGCCGAGCAGUGCCGUGUUGGUGUUUGAGAUUGAGAUGAUGGGCCUCGAGAAGGGUGUGCCGCCAGGUUACCUGUUUGUGUGGCUGGGUGAAAGCCCUGCAGACUUGUUUGAGGCCCUGGAUAUAAACAAGAACGGAGAGGUUCCCCAGGAGGAGUUUGGGGAGUUCAUCAAGCUGCAGGUAGCAGAGGGCAAAGGCCGUAUAAAGCCUGGACUGACAAUGGAUCAGGUCGUCGCCGACAUGUUCAACAACCAGGACCGAAAUACAGAUGGAGUCAUCACGGCUGACGAACUCAAACUGAAGGUCGAUGAGGACAAGGAACGGGAACAGGCGGCACAUGAGGAGUUGUGAUUAGGACGAAACACCUUUGAAACCCAAACACCUUAAAAAACACACGCACAAGAGACUUUUCCUGCACAGCGUUGUUUAAUAUUUUCUAUAACGUGUUGGACAGUCUUUUGAAAUGACAAGAAAAUAGUGCAAAAGAUCUUUUUGUGUACUUUUGUGUUGUAUGAUUGUUUGUGUUUACAAUUUGUAUUUCAGAAAACCAAACAAGCACCUUCAUUUGUCCCUGAAAGUCACAUUUAAUUAAAAUGUUUGUAAGAAAAAUAAAAUGUUUCCGUUUUCUACAACUUGUA